AUGCCCGACGGAAACGAGCUCACCGAGAAGCGAUUUCGAUGCUUUUGCGGCAUUUGUCACGUGGUGGUGAGUCCAAAGAAUGCGUGGUGGUGGCCGAGUCGUUUUCUAGGCCACGGCCACCUCUUUUCAUCACAUCAAAGUGCUAAUUACUUAUGUUGACGAUCUGAAACUGGAAGUACAAGAAUUGUGUGUCUUUUUUGAUUGUAGUUGAAAACUAGAAAGUUUUUAUUUAAAAAAAACCGAAAACGUUGAGUUUAGCACUUGAUUGUUGGCUUUCGAAACACAUUUCUCAGUUUCAAAAAUCAUGUUCACAGCAUAAUUUCAAAGUUUAACACAUGUGCUUCAAAAAAAGGCCCACGGAACUUGAAAUUGGCUUUCAUUUUUUCAUUACUGUCUUGUAUUUACUACAGCAUCACAUUUUCAAUUAUAAAAACGAUUGGAUGAAACGGCAGUUUCACAAUCGGCAUAGAAUGAGUCCAAAUAGUAUAGAAACUCCAAUUUCGUAGCCAGAAAAUUUUAUUUUAUUAUUAAUAGUAAGUGAUCUCAACUGUCAGCAUUAUUACACAUCCCCCGGUACACUUUGCGGGCCUUGAAUAACAGUGAUUUCUUGCAGACGGGCACCCAAUUGUGUCUCAUCUGGUACAUCCUCACCUCGGGCCUCUCUCUGUUCUUCGGAAUGCGCUCCACGUGCACGUGGCUCAUCGUUCCGAUCUGUGUCGUCGGCCUCGGAAUGUACGCGUUCUACUCGAAGCGCCACAAGUUCCUCUACCCGUUUCUGAUCAUCACCGUCGUGCAGCAGCUCGUCUGCAUGCUCAUGGCCACCAUCAUCACCAUCUUUUCGCUGUGCAGUUUCGACACGAUGCGACAGAUUAUCGGUUCGUUUUCGUCGUCUUUUCGGGUAUAGAACUUGAAGAAUCUUUUAGGCCACACCCUGGACAUGGCCCAUUCGCCCUCGAGAAGCCUGGCUCUUUUUGUGGUGUGUGGGACCGUUUCCGCGUGCAUUCUACUCUCAUUCAUACACGUCUGGCAGGCGAUCAUCAUUUACACGUAAGACAAAUUGACAUGAAAAUUAGUUGAAAGAUCGCACGGCGACCAAAAGUGUAGAAAGGGGCGUGGCCUAAUCUGAGACGCGUUUUCUGAAAAUUGCCACAAUUCCAGCACUUUUCUGUUGAUUUUGUGUUUGAUAUCGACGAAAGAAGAGACAUUAAAGAGAGAAAACAUUGAAAUUUUCGUGAAAACGCCGCGUUUGAGACGUUUUUGGCAUCAUUCGCAAUACACCCUUCGCGGCCAAGUAUUUUAAGCGUUCAAACGGCAAAAAGUAUCGACGAAUGACUGAAAUUCGCGCAUUUUCAGCACAAAACUUGAAAAUCGAUUCAAUUGAUUUAUUCUCUGAAUGAAACUUGAAAAAUGGGGUUAAAUUUUGAAUUUCGCGCCAAAAUGGUGAUAAACCGUGCAGGAUAGGCCACGCCCCUUUCUACUACGUUUUUGGUCGCCGCAAAAAGAGGUAAAAUUGCGGAAAAUCAUUUCGAAAUCACUUGAGAACGCGUUGAAACUGAUCAACCGGUAGAAAGAACAACCGCACUUCCAAUAACCCCUAGAAACCCGGUUUGCGCGAAACGGUAAUCACGUGUUGCAGGUGUCUCGAGUACUACGAGGACGAAUACCGUAAACUGGAGGAGGGAUACUGUCUGGAGACGUCGCGAUUGGACGCCACCGACUACGACGACAGCAGGAGCAGAUGCACGCCCGACCCGCCGUUUCAGCAGAGAAUCGAGAACCGAUUCCCCGUUGUUUGA